AUGUCAAAUGGAGCAGUGCCACAGAGAUGCCUGUCAGACCCUGUGCAAGGAGAGCCCACCUGUAGCUUGGAGCUGCACUCCAUAGGUAAUGUGGAGUUCCAUUCCCGGGUGGAGCGCUUCGAGACCCCUCCGCAAAGCCCGGCUUUCUUCACGCCCCGAUCCCAGGUGCCCUCCAACCUCACCCGCUCUAUGCAGCAGAAACUGCAGAGCGCCAACACGCCGAGUUCAGUCCGAGCCUCCCGCAUUCGCCAGGAGCGGCAGGAGGAGCUGCGUCUACUGCGCUCACAGCCAAUUGCCGAGAAUGCUUGGAUGAAAAGGAGCCUGUCGGACCCCUCCCUGGCUGAGGUGAACUCGCUGCAGCCACCCUUGCGACAAGUGGCUCCUCGCUGCAGGACGCUGCAGUGGCCACCUAUGCGUCCCCGGGAUGUGGAAGCUUCUGAGACCAGAGCCAGCAAUGAUGAGCAGCCCAGGCCAGCAUGCAGUGGUGACCCUGCUUGCCUCCUGGAACCUAGUAAGGAGCUCCAUUCCAGUGCAGAGAUGCUUUCUUCAGGUGAACAGCAGGAGCAGAAGGUGCCUUCACCAGAGGAAAGGCAAAAAGUACCAGCUGAGAUGCUGGAAGGAUCAGCUUGUUUCUUUGGAAAGCAAGAGCUUGAAUUUCUUCCAAGUGAUAUAAUGGAAUUUACAGAAGGUCGGCGGCAGGCAGGGUUGGAAUCUCCUGGAGGAGAUGAGCAAGGUGGGGAGGAGCCACGGUUCGGCUACAUGGAGGAGCAGGUUGAGGGGGAAGGAGAACAGGGUGAGGAGGAGCGACAGCCUCCCUGUGUGGAGGAGGAGCGACAGCCUCCCUGUGUGGAGGAGGAGCGACAGCCUCCCUGUGUGGAGGAGGAGCGACAGCCUCCCUGUGUGGAGGAGGAGCAGGUUGAGGGGGAAGGAGAGCAGGGUGAGGAGGAGCAGCAGCUUGCUGGUGAGGAAGAAGAGCAGCCCACUUGUGUAGAAGGGCAGGGACAAACAAAGGAGGCUCUCAGUGUGGAAGAGCAAGGACAGGUGGAGGAUCCUGGCGUAGAAGAACAAAACGUUCUCCAUACAGUGUUGCGGGGACAGGAUAAAGUUUCAUCUGUUUGGGAGUCCAAGGUUUGGUCCAGAGUGUCUGAGAUGAAGGAAGCACCGUCAGAUAAAGACCUGAGUGAGGAAAUGAGCACCUCUGGGAUGAUUGACCAGCUGUUUGCUGGAGUCCUGGAUACUGAGGAGGAAGAGGAGGACAAGAGAAGGAAAGGACACUGUGAUUCGGAUGCUGCAGAGGGGAAAGGGGAAGAAAUGGGUCUUGCUACUGAGGGUGUUGAGCUGGAGAGUAGGUCACUGGACAGCAGUACAGAUGAACUGUUGACCCUCCCUUCCAGCUGCAUCCUUUCCCCUCUCAGCAAGUCUGUGGAAGCCGUGGUCACUGAUUUGAGACUUGCCUCCAGCUGCCUGCCUGAUGUCACCUCUGUGGAUUGUGUCCCAGAAGGGCCCCAUGACCCCCCACCCUCAAGCACCCCGCUCUACAGCAUUGAUGCAUAUCGCACGCAGCUGCAGAACUCCCGGCAUGCCGUUCACAUUGUAACUCCGACCGCAAGUGGGCAGAGACCGCAAGCAUCCUGCCCCCAGCCGCUGAUCAACACCAAAGACAGGAUCAAGGCUCUCAGCGAGGAUGUGGCCAAACUGCAAGUCGUCAUCACUCAGACCCUGCAGGCGCUGAGCUGCUGCACAGAUGAGGACCAUUGGAAGGGCUCCCCGAUGGAGGCUGAGGCAGAGAAGCUUCUGCUGGUUUCCUGUGAGAAGCGCACAGCCCUGUUGGCUGAGGUGGCACAGCUGAGGGCGGGAGUUGAGUCGGGAGAUGCGGUGACGGCCAGUCCCUCUCAGGAACCCUGCAGGGGCACCGUCACCAUUGCGAACAUACGGCUUCCUCUCAAGGUGGAUUUUGUCUGCUCCUCUCUGACACUCGCAGGUCGACCAACGCACUACUUCUUUGUUCUGAUCCGCUACGGGGCCUGCAACAUCGUGGCCACUCCCCUGGCCAUAGCAGCUGAUGCGCAGACUGGGGACAGCAUCUCCUUCCCUACCUCUGUCACUCUGCAGGACAUCCGCUCCAAUUUUGAGAUCGAUGUGGAGGUCUACAGCUUGUCUCAAACACCAGGGAACGCCAAGAACUUCAACACAGAGCGAUUCUCUAAGUCCAAGGUUACUCCAAAGAAGUUAUUGAGCUCUAUCAAGAGAACCAAUCACAAUGCAGCAUCAACUGCCCUGACAUCUGUGGGUCCCCAGCGUUCCAGUAACUUCUGCCUCGUGGGCUCGCACAAACUCACCCUUGCUUCUCUGGGCCAGACAAAAUUUCCUCUGGACAAGAUGAAGUUUGAUGGCAAAGUCAGGAAGCUUCUCGGGGAUGAAUUUCAGGAGAAGGUGCCGUUCUUGUCGCCGCUAGAGGGGAACAUCUAUUUGCAGCUGAAUUAUGAGAGCCAUUCCAACGUCCAACACAAGGGCUUCCUGACCAUGUUUGAGGCAGUGUGUGAGCUUGGGUCAUGGCAGCGUCGCUGGUUUUCACUGGAAGGGAACCUGCUCUUAUACUGGAACUCCCCCAGCAGUGAGGGUAGCAAGCCUCCAGAGGGCAGCAUCAGCCUAGCCAGCCGUGCUUAUCAGUGUGUAAGGCUGGUGACGAGGGACUCCUGUGCCCGGCCACACACUUUUGAGCUUGUGAGCUAUAAGGCCCUCCAGGAGGAUAGUGGUGUCACACUUGACAAGCACUGGUUCUCAGCUGACACGCGUGAGGAACGGGCCGAGUGGAUGAAGAAACUGAACCAGGCACUUUUGGAUUUGCACACAUGGACUUGUUGUCCAGGGGGCCCAGAGCCCCCCAGGCCAUGUAGGGAGAGCAUGCUGUAAGCCACACUGUCAGCUGCUCCCCCAGCCUUGGGUACCCUGGGCAGGGAUGGCAGGGCCAGUGUCACUUACUUGUACCUUUUAGUAAGAAGUCUGCUCUUUAUCUAAUAACAUGCAUUUCGAUUUUCAUAUUGGGAGAUUUGCAUAAUGCCUGUAAUCGAUUUUCCAUGUUAUGUUUGACAAAUGGGUGUAAAAACCAAGGUGAUCGUAAUGUGCAAUAGGUAUGCAUAUGAAAGCCCCUCUAGAAUGAUCCACUGCUUCUGGACUCCAGGCUGCAGAGUGUGAUUUUGCACGGGUGUGAAGAAUCGUUGAUCUGCUUGAAAUCUUUCCUCCUCUGGACAUGACUGUCGUUUUAUGUAUUUGUUCUAUGUAACACUACAUGUGUACAGAAUAAUACACUUAUUGCAGAGGAUCCCUAUUCCUGUCCAUUCAUUCAUAUGAAGUGAAAAUUCCCUGAAAAACUUUUUAUAAGAAACAUAUACAUUUACUGUGAUGUGGGCCCCUUUCAUGGGUUUAGUAUUGAAGAAUGUAGUUCAUGGUUGAGUUGGUACUUUGCUGUGAUGUUCUGGAAUAGAAUAAUAAAAGGCUGAGAUGCA